GAGCACGGAGAAAGCCGGUGUGUAUCUCCUCUUGUAUUGCUCGAUGUCACGAUCCGUCAGGGAUAUCGCUGAUCUGAACGCGUUCCACGACUACCUGCUGAGCUGUAAGACGAUACUUGCUGUUGUUGGUGCUGGGCUCAGUGCCUCUUCUGGACUACAGACGUUUCGAGGGAGCGGAGGCCUCUGGCGUAACUACUCACCGAUAGAUCUGGCCACACCCGAUGCCUUUCACGUGGAUCCAGGCCUGGUGUGGCAAUUCUACAGCUCAAGGAGGUUUCUUGCCCUGAAAGCGCGUCCCAACAAGGGCCAUUUUGCUUUGGCAGAGUUGAGCCGAAGACACGAUGUUAACUUCCUCACCCUGACACAGAACGUCGAUGGGCUCAGUACGAGGGCCAGGCAGCAGAAGGACACGCUGCUGGAACUGCAUGGGUCCUUGUUCACGCUGAGAUGCACCGGGUUCUUCUGUAAUUACGUCGAGGAAAACAACAGAGAGCAUCCACUUACUCCUGCUCUCGGUGGCAACGAGGAUGAGUUUGUGAGACAGAAGAAGAGGCCGUUGGAAGACAGCGGCGACUCUUGUGCUAAGAAGCGUAGAGCUACAGAAACUAUACAGGCAGAAUCAAAGAGCUCAUCUGUAACGUCAUCCCCGGACCUCAAGCCCAUCUCCACGAUCACUGACGACGAAUUGCCACAUUGUCCCAAGUGCAACAGCCUGCUGAGACCUGGCGUAGUGUGGUUUGGUGAAUCUCUGCCUCUGAAGGUGAUAGACAAGGCCGAUGAGUUCUUGACUUCAAACCACGUGGAUUUGGUGCUCGUGAUUGGAACCUCGGGCACAGUUUGGCCAGCAAUGGGGUACGUGGAGAGAGUACAGCAGCAAGGUGGCAAGAUCGCAGUGUUCAACACCGAGAUCGACGAGGAGGACGUCAGGAAGCACGGGGGAUGGGGCUUCAAAGGCGAUGCUGCUGAGUGGCUUCCAAAGGCUCUGGAGCCUCUAAUUGGAACACACUUCCUGCCCAGAAACUGGAAGAAGAUGUGACAGUCAGUGUACACAACACCCACACCGCAUAGAACGACCCUUUAACGACCAAUUGGACGUAGAACACCGUGUGCCAGCGUAUUUCCUAGCGUACACCAGCGUAUACCACCACAUCGCUUGCUGACUAAGCACGCGCGAUGAGCUGCCCCGGGCCAACACACCCGCACCUGGAGUUUUACGGCCGGGUGCCCGGGUGAGGCCGCUACGAAGUUUCCACAUCAACAGCAAACAACGAGGAUUGAGGCCCGAGCUGAAGAGAGGAAGAAGCGUUAGCUAAGCAAUGCUGUCACGGUUCAGAAGCCCAUUGCGUACUCUGGCGACGAGUGCACAGCACUCGUCCACUGUGAUUGGAAUCGACCUCG